AGAGAUGUGUAUUUUUAAUGCCCCAACAGUCUGGCAGGUGGGCCUGCAAUUUAAUUUUAGCUUGCUUUGUGAGAACAAAAACAUCUGCAAUAGGCAGGCCAGUAAACUUCCAUGAACGGGGGAGCUCAAACAAUAUUUCUCUUCCUAUCAGACCUUUUUAGACCAGUAGGUAAUGCCUGGCUGAGGUUAAAGCAUGCCACGUUUUUAUGGUGGUCCUAACACUGAGCCUGAUUCCAACACAGUCUGAACUUCAAUUUAAUUUUAAUUUGGGGAGCUAAUUCAGAAAAUGUGGAAGCUGCAGCUGAAAAGAAUCACCUCCCACACCUCUGGGGCUGGUGCAUCCAAAGCAGCUCGAGGGACAGAGCUACACCUUUUUUAAUUAAGGGAGCCUGGGUGUAAAUCCUCUGGGCGCCUUGGAGGAGCCCCAGCUCUUGGUUUGCUGCGGGUGCAGGUGGGUACAGCUGGGCGUGGAGGUGCACGGCGGCCAGAUAGAGCUGGAUCUGCCUCUCCCAUCCCGUGGAAAUGGAGAAGAGGCACAGUUUGUACCUUUUUCCCCCAGCGGUUUCGGUCUCGUGUCGCCAUCCCUCUCCUCUCCAUCCGCACAGCGUGUGCCGAGCCCGGGGCGUGGAAAGCUUUGCGGUACCUGGCCCGAGUGCAUCAGCUGGCAAGGCUUUAUGUCAGCAGGAAUAAAAUGCACGGCGGAUUUCAAACCAGCAGCCUUUCCCUGCCACAGAAAGCCUCCAAACAUUUGGGAUUGCCUUUUCUGUUCAGCACCAGCCUGCUCAGGCUGAUGCAGCCCUUGCUGGUAAGAGGCAGGGAAGGACCAAAGGAUUUGUCCCUCUGCGAGCAGAGGCAGGAGGGAUGGAGUUAGCACACCCGUGGCCAUGCACGGAGCUUGGCUGGGUUGCAGAGCUGGGCAGAGGGCAGGAGAAGGAUCAUUUUUGAGGAAGCAGCCUGCUGAAUGUCCGUGUUAUUUCUGAGGUGGUUUCAUCCCAACAUCAGCGGCAUCGAGGCAGAGAAGCUGCUCCUGACCAGGGGCGUCCAUGGCAGCUUUCUGGCUCGGCCCAGCAAGAGCAACCCCGGAGAUUUCACCCUCUCCGUCAGGAGGAACGACGAGGUGACGCACAUUAAGAUCCAGAACACGGGGGAUUACUAUGACCUGUACGGAGGGGAGAAAUUUGCCACCCUUGCGGAGCUGGUGCAGUACUACACCGAGCAGCAGGGGCUGCUGCGGGAGAAGAACAGCAAUGUCAUCGAGCUGAAAUACCCCCUGAACUGCCAGGACCCCACCUCGGAGAGGUGGUACCAUGGGCACCUCACGGGCAAGGAGGCAGAGAAACUUCUGACGGAGAAGGGGAAGCCAGGCAGCUUUCUGGUGCGGGAGAGCCAAAGCAAACCAGGAGACUUUGUGCUGUCGGUGCUGACAAACGAGGAUAAGAUGGAGACGGGGGACAGGAAACCCCACGUCACCCAUGUGAUGAUCCACUACCAGCCAGAUGGGAAGUAUGACGUGGGAGGAGGAGAGAGGUUUGACACGCUCACAGACCUGGUGGAGCACUAUAAGAAGAACCCCAUGGUGGAGAAAUCUGGAGCUGUGGUUCAUCUGAAGCAGCCAUUCAAUGCCACACGUAUCAAUGCGGCCAACAUUGAAAACAGAGUGAAGGAGCUGAACAAAAUGGCAGAUCACAGCGAGAAGGCCAAACAGGGGUUCUGGGAAGAGUUUGAGAUGCUGCAGCAACAGGAGUGCAAGCUCCUCUACCCCAGGAAGGAGGGACAGCGACCCGAGAACAAGGCGAAGAAUCGCUACAAGAACAUCCUUCCCUUCGACACCACGCGGGUGGCGCUCCGAGACGUGGACGAGAGCGUGCCUGGGUCAGACUACAUCAAUGCCAACUACAUCAAGAGCAUCCCUGAGGAUGGAAGGAACUCGGAGCACUGCAAGAUCUACAUAGCCACCCAGGGCUGCCUGCAGACAACCGUGAACGACUUCUGGACCAUGGUGUACCAAGAGAACAGCCACGUCAUCGUGAUGACAACGAAGGAAGUGGAGCGGGGCAGGAACAAAUGUUUCCGCUACUGGCCGGACAAGGGCUGCGCCAAGGAGUACGGGUGCAUCUGCGUUCGCAACGUGAGCGAGCGCGAGGCCCAGGGCUACUACCUGCGGGAGCUGGAGAUCGUGCGCACGGACAGGGAUGAGCGUCCCCGGGUGGUGAAGCACUAUCAGUAUUUCAGCUGGCCAGACCACGGGGUGCCCAACGAGCCGGGAGGAGUUCUCAGCUUUCUGGACCAAGUGAACCGGACACAGCGAAGCAUUCCUGACACAGGGCCGAUCAUAGUGCACUGCAGUGCCGGAAUAGGACGCACAGGCACCAUCAUCGUGAUAGACAUUCUGGUGGAUAUUAUCCACAGGCAAGGCUUGGACUGCGAUAUCGACAUCCCCAAAACUAUCCAGAUGGUACGCAGGCAGCGCUCGGGCAUGGUGCAGACGGAGGCACAGUACAAGUUUGUUUACAUGGCUGUCCAGCAGUUCAUUGAGGCUGAGCAGAAGCGGUUGGAAGAAGAACAGAGGAAUAAAAGGAAAGAGCGAGACUACUUGAAUAUCGGAUACUCUCCUAUGGAAAAAGGCCGAGCCAAAGGGCAGCCUCCUUCGCCACGGGCCCAGUCUGUGGUGGAUGAUGAGUCAGCUUCCGUCUACGAGAACCUCAACAUCAAAAGCCCAAAGGUUUCAGGGAUGAGUAACACGGGGCGAUAAAGAGUCGGAGGUGAGCUGUAUGGAGGCUGUACAGGAUUUACAGUGUUUACGUCCACCCUUUCCACGUGCUGCAACUGCGGACAAUGGUUUUUUGCCCUUUUUGCCUUCCCCUAGCACCUUGGAUUCAGCAAGGAGUUAAGAAGCUGGCUGUAAGAAGCAAGCAGAGUCUGCGCCUUAAGGACAUGCCUUGACCUAACUUAUUCUCGAGAAGGAUCUUCUCCCGGUCUCCCCUGUAUCAGUAGGUUGAUAUUUAUGUGGAAGUGCCUCUGGACAUUCGUUGGGCAUCAAGGCUCAGUUUUAAUUUUUUUUUUUUUUUUUUAAUUUAAGAUUCUUAUUUUUUACAUGCAAAUUGUUAAAGGAAUGGAAACGACUAUUUGCUUAGGAGCUUUCCCAGGGUUGCCCAUUUAGGGCGUUAGAAAAGUAUUAGUGCACUCGGAUGUUUUCAUUAGGUCGAUCAUUUCCAAGCUAGAAGUGGUUCUAGACUAAUUCCCAGAGUAACUUCGCUGCCUGUGAAGGUGAGGAAGAGAGAGCACGGCCUGGCCCCAGGUGUACGUGCCUCUGAUUCUUCUCCUCACGCUUCCUUUGGGUUGUCCCAGUUCUAGCUUUCUAUGCAAGCCUGCCAAUGCACACCGGGCAGUCCCUGCUGCCACCAUGCAGCAGGAGGGUGUGCGCGUGCCUGAGAGCCUGCAGAGCUCGGUGUCGGAGCAGAACUGGGGCCAGAGGGGGGCGUCUCCACCCUGGUGCAGGUCUGAACAUUGAGCUAUGGGAGAUCCUGCCUAGCUGAAGGGGGCUGAAGAGUAGGAAAGCAGCUUUGACUGUGCACUGUGCUUUUAGCCACCCCGAGCGAGUAACACAGCGUAGGAUGCUAGACUUGAGCUGAACUUGUGGAGCUGGGCCCCUCUAAGCUUGAUGCAGCUCUGCCGUUACCUUGCUGUAUGAGCUCUUUUUUUCCCCCUUGCAACUGUAUGACGAGGCAAGUGCUGUGUCUGCUGAGUAGGGGUGCUGUAGGAGCGCUUGUGACUUGACCAGUGCCAUGAAGACGUGUGUUAUUGAGUGGAAUAUUCCAGCUCUGUUGAUUAAGUCUUGACUUGUGACUCCCAGGGCCUCCUGCCGUUCCAGCCCUGAGGCCUGCAACUAGCCCUGCCAAAGAACCCCCUUUUUGCGGGAUACACCAGGGACUGAAAGUGCUCUCUCUGGGGAGUUUUGGGCCUGAGUGCCAGUGCCUGAAGCUCUGGAGCAUGCGUGGGGAUGAUGCUGAUGUCCUCCUAGGUGCCUGGAAGAGGGCAGACGUGCGGCCCCCUGCGUGCUGGGGCACUGGUGCCCAGGGUGCUGGCUCCCAGCGCUGAGCAGAAGGGGUUGAACAAAAGCACAAUGACAUACCGUGGCUGUAUUUCCUGGCUGGUCUUCCUGGUCCCUCGUCACAGGGACGGGAGAACUGUUUAUUUUUAUUGCACUUUUAAUAAAUGUUGAAUAUUC